UGAAUGAACGGGACUGACGGUUUUGACAGUUGUGGCAACGGAAAAGUUUGUUUACGUGUCGGCCGGUCGAUAUUUUGCAUGAAUUAACCAAUUUUUCUGCAGCGAGAAACAAGCGAACACAGUUUGCUGCACAGCUCACAAUGGCAUCUAAAUUGGAAAUAAAUAUCCGUAGCUUAAUAGCACAGUGCGAAGAGAUAGUAGCCGUAGACAAACAGGACUGGCGUUUGAAAAAGUACAUUCGAUCGUUGGACAUCAUGAUUGAGGAGCUGGGCGAACAGUUGGACGUCACUGAAGAUAAAUUGGUGGAAAUAUACCGCAAUCAAUGUACCGAUUUGAAACAGGCGUCCGGUUAUGCUGAACCUUCGGCAGAAGAGAAGCAACGGCUCCGGUUGAAACCAAGAGCAACGGAACCGUUUGGGGACGAUGUGAUGCGCGAGGUGCGACAGGUUCAAAAUCAAACGUACGAAAAGGAACUGCGUAGUGAGCUAUUCAAUGGCAACUUUUCGACGAUACGAAGGCGCGCCGGCCAAAAGGUAGCGGAAAACCUGGAACAGACGGUCAAGCAAUACUCCACCGAACAGGAAAAGCUUGCGGAAGAUAUGCUACGGUUAACGAGAAAUUUAAAGGAACAAACACAAACCGCCAACAAGAUUCUAAAGAAGGACACCGAGAUUGUGUCCAAAUCAGCGAAGCUAACUGACCAAAAUACAUCCUCGCUUACGACGGAAUCAUCCAAGCUACAGGAGAACUCAAAAAAGGCUUGCAAAUGUUGGAUGUGGCUGAUGAUAGUGUUCGUUAUAGUGACCUUCAUAUUUAUGGUAAUGUUUAUGAAAAUAAUGAAAAAGCGAGUGUACUAGUAUGGACCAGUCGGCGAUGGUGGAAACAUUAUUGGUUGUGGGGACACAAACGGGCAACGAAAGACAACGCAUCAAAUAAGGCCGCUAUUUCGAUUUUGCUGUUCUACAGCUGCUUUGAUCGAUUGCAUUGGACAAAGCACGAGAUUGUAAAUGAAAAUGCUGUGUUUUUGU